AUGUCAAGACCGUCCUCAUAUGCACCUCCGUCUGAUUCUUCCUCCCAGCAGGCCUGGGACUCCAACCCCCCCACAUAUGCUGCCUUCUCUCCAGCAUCCGCCUCUGGCUACUCCGCCACGUCCAAGCAGCGCUCUACGAUCAUAGUCCACAAAAAGUCGCCCUUACUAGUAGCGACACCACCUCAGAUCACUCGAGCCCUAGCCCAUUCACAUCCCUUCCUCCUCCCGCUGAACAAACUCGCCGGUCUUCUGUCAUGGAGCACCCAAGAUCCGUGGGAAUCGUACCUGAUGGUGGCUGCCUUCUGGGGAAUCACACUGUAUGGGAGUGAGAUUAUUCGCUUUGCAAGUCCGAUCAUCGUAGUAGUUGGUCUCAUACUGGGAAUGUACUCCAGACGCUGGUCGCCUCUGUCGUCGACCACCAAAACAGGAGAGAAACAUACGGCAAAGGGCCACAAAAGGGAACCUUCGGAAUCUCAGUCGCACCAUAAGACUCUUGAUGAGAUUGUCGAAACACUACAGGAGUUGACUGCACGGUGCAAUGUCCUGCUGGAUCCCUUCCUCAAGCUGACCGAUUUUCUUUCUACCCAGACGACGCCAACUGCCGCAACGACCCGGCCGGCAUUGACGACCCUCUUCAUCCGUGUUCUUUUUGUAACCCCGUUUUGGAUUAUCCUGAAUCUUCCGCCUUUCUAUAUUCUGACUCCUCGAAGAGUCAUUCUCGCUGUUGGCACAAUAAUAUUGACCUGGCAUUCCAAGCCAGCUAGGGUGUCUCGGGUUAUCCUCUGGCGUUCUGUCUUUAUGCGCAAGGCGGCCGCAUUCGUCACUGGGCUGGACUUUGAUGCUUCGCCGAAUACCAAACCCGGAAACCGACCAUCAAUUGGGGCCAGAUCGAAGUCUCAAGGUGACCUUGCAUCAGAACUUGCUACCAAGCGGAAACCCUCGUCUGGCGUCCGUUUCACUUUUAUACUAUACGAGAAUCAACGGCGGUGGCUGGGUUUGGGGUGGACGACUUCUUUGUUUGCAUACGAGCGCGCCCCUUGGACGGAUGAACAUCUAAACCCUGCUCCAUCAAAAGAGGAAUUUGAGCUGCCCGAUGUGGAGGGUGGUUUGUCCCGGUGGAGAUGGAUCGACUCGGACUGGCGAAUAGAGCAUGGAGAUGCUAAGUCGCAUAAGAGGGCGACAAGCGACGGCAAAAUAGGCGCGGCCGGCAUAUCUGGUAAAGCGGCUGCCGACGAUGGUGGAGGCUGGAUAUUCUAUGACAAUAGGUGGGAGGAUGGAAGGAGGGAGGACGGAUGGGGGAGAUAUACAAGGAGACGCAAGUGGUACCGUGAUGCGGAACUUGUCGAAGCAACACCGAGCGUUGAGGACACACCAAGUGGUACUCCAGCACAACCUUUGUCUGACAUGGAAGAGGACAAGGUGAGGAAAGCCAAAGAAUUUGCCAAAGGCGCAGGCGGAUCAGGGGACACGGUUACCGCCGACUCGGGACCUCCCACAGAGAAGCCAUCUGGACCAGAUCCAAAAUCCAAUGACGCCAGCAGCACUGUCAAAUCAGCAGCGGUGAAGAAGCCAGCCAGCUGGUUCUCGAAAAGAGACCGCAGUGAUAGCAAGAGUUCUAGUGGAAAGAAUACAGGCCAGCUCAGCACACAGAGUGACCGGAGUCGCGAUGGGCCGGAGGACGACGUGCUGGAUAAAUGGCGAGAUAAUCCUGGACAUCGAGCGUUCAGUGUUCAGGAGGACGUUGCUAUGAGCCUUGGAUAG